AAAGUUCACGACUGUCGACAGUACAGUUGACAAUCAAGCUUCGACAAGUGUGAUAGAAAGAUCGUUGCUUCCGCGGAGGCAAAAGAAGAAAUUUGCGCCUUUUGUGUGUCAUAUUCACCGGUGAAAAGUCGUUUAGCUGACGAACAACAGUGAACGAGAAAAGCGGUGAUUAACCGUGCGAUUAACGAAUAACGAUUGUUUUAGAAUAUUGAACGAUGGUGGAUUACAGCAAAUGGAAGAGCAUUGAGAUCUCAGAUGACGAAGAUGAUACACACCCAAAUAUCGAUACGCCGUCACUAUUCAGAUGGCGGCAUCAGGCACGAAUUGAAAGAAUGGAAGAACGUAAGAAGGAACAUGAAGAGCAUGAGAGAAAAAAAGCAGAAACAUUAAAGAAGUUAAAGGAUACAAAAGAAAAACUGGCUAGAUUAGAGAACGAACAGAAGGACUCGGCUGAUUUGACUACAUUGAAGAAAGUUCUCCAGGACCUUGAGGAGGAAGAAAAGAAGAUUAGAGAGAAGGAGGAUGAAAUGGAGAAGAAGGAGAGAUUGACACCGUGGAAUGUAGAUACCAUUGGUCAAGAUGGCUUUACAAAAACUGUGAUAAAUAAGAAGCCUCCUAGAAAAGACAACGAUUCUGGUUUAUCUGAUGAAGAAAAGGAGAAACGAAUGAAGCAGUUCGUCAAGGAAAAUGAGAAGAAGCUCAAGGAGUUCGGCAUGCUGAGGAAAUAUGACGAUAGUAAGAAAUUUCUGUUGGACAAUCCACAUUUGGUGUGUGAGAAUACUGCCAACUAUUUGGUCAUCUGGUGCAUCAAUUUGGAGAUGGAAGAAAAACACGACCUGAUGGAACAUGUGGCACAUCAAUGUAUAUGCAUGCAAUAUAUAUUGGAACUGUCCAAGCAAUUAGAAGUUGACCCACGGGCAUGCGUCGGCUCCUUCUUCAGUCGUAUUCUAAUUGCCGAAGUGGAGUACAAGAACUCCUUUGAAGACGAGCUGCGAGCAUUUAAGGAGAGAAUACGUAAGAGAGCAGCGGAGAAAAUAGCUGAUGCUGUUCGUGAGGCAGAGGAGGAGGAAAGAAAUGCUCGUUUAGGUCCUGGUGGACUGGAUCCCAUGGAGGUAUUCGAAAGCCUUCCAGAGUCCCUACAAAAGUGCUUUGAGACGCAGGAUAUUCCUCUGCUGCAACAAACAAUAGCCGCGAUGCCGGAGGAGGAAGCGACAUAUCACAUGAAGCGAUGUGUCGACAGUGGUCUGUGGGUUCCCGACGCGAAAGCUAAAGAAAAGGAGGAGCAGAAUGCCGCGAAGGGAACGCCAGAUCCAGAAUAAUGACGCAUUUCUCUUCGAUCUCAUCGUACGUAGGAUACUCAGUGAAAAUCAGUAUCUCAUUUACACGAGUAUUCUUUGCAUAAAACCAAGACGGAUACGUUGAAAUAAAGUCGUUAUGAGUGGGAAACACA